AUGCUGGUGGGCCAUGACUCUGUACCUCUAGAGCCUCCUGCUGCUGCUAAGAACACUGGUGGGCCACGACUUUGUGCCUCUAGAGCCUCCUGCUGCUCCGAGAUCCCCUACAGCUUAGCCUCGGAACCUUUGUUGCAAAAGACUGCGAAGGGACACAGAACACUUCUUCUCCAAGCAUUAAAAUACACGCAAGCAGGUGACAAGCAAGCAGAAGGGAGACACAAGCAGAGGGCAGAAGUAACAGAAGCAAGAAGCAAGCAGAAGCAGAAGCAAGCAAAGGGAAGACACAAGCAGAGGCAGAGCAGUAGAAGGGAAGACACAAGCAGAGGACAGAAGCAAGCAGAAGCAGAAGCAGCAGAGGGAGACACAAGCAAGAGGCAGAAGCAAGCAGAAGGGAGACAGAAAGCAAGCAGAGGACAGAAGCAAGCAGAAAGGGAGACACAAGCAGAGGCAGAAGCAAGCAGAAGGGAGACAAAGCAGAGGGAGAAGCAAGCAGAAGGGAGACACAAGCAGAGGACAGAAGCAAGCAGAAGGGAGACACAAGCAGAGGACAGAAGCAAGCAGAAGGGAGACACAAGCAGAGGGCAGAAGCAAGCAGAAGCAGCAGAGCAGAAGCAGCAGAAGGGACACACGCAGAAGGGCAGAAAGCAAGCAGAAGGGAGAGCACAAGGAAGGCAGAAGCAGCGAAGGGAGACACAAAGCAGAGGGCAGAAGCAAGCAAAGGGAGACACAAGGGACAGAAGCAAGCAGAAGGGGAGACACAAGCAGAGGCAGAAGCAAGCAGAAGGGACACACAAGCAGAGGGCAGAAGCAAAGCAGAAGGAGACACAAGCAGAGGGCAGAAGCAAGCAGAAGGGAGACACAAGCAGAGGACAGAAAGCACAAGCAGCAGCACAGAAGCAGAAGCAGACACAAGCAGAAGAGACACAAGCAGAGAGCAAGCAAGAAGCAGAAGCAAGAAAAGGGAGACACAAAGUAGAGGAGAGAAGCAAGCAGAAGCAGAACAAGCAGAAGGGAGACACAAGCAGAGGGCAGAAGCAAACAGAAGCAGAAAGCAAGCAGAGGACAGAAGCAAGCAGAGGAGAGAAGCAAGCAGAAGCAGAAGCAAGCAGAAGGGAGACACAAGCAGAGGACAGAAGCAACAGAAGCAAGAAAGCAAGACCAGGCAGAAGGGGAGACACAGCAGAGGAGGAAGCAUGGAGAAGCAGAAGCGAGCAAAUAAAAGGAGAAAGCAGAUCCAAGCAGAAGACACACUCAGGCAGAAAGCUUCGACGCAAGUGUUCGCCGCUUAUGACCUUAGCUGCUUAUUCUAAUCUCACUUAA